AAUUCCAGAGAAGCGAACAUUUAAUCUCAGGCCAAAAGCAUUCAUUUUAAAAGUGUCUGUCCAUUACAAUGCCAAUAUAAUCGGUUCAGAGGGUUAAAUGGUUGGCUUAGUUGGAUUUAAUGUCUCAGCGUGUCGAUCCCCUCUCAGCCUGACGCGAGAGUAAUUCCCCCGCCUCCGGAAUCUGUUGGCAGUGGGCUGCAGCCAUCAUGUGUACACAACAUCUUCACUCAGUUGCCAAUUCAUACGGUGUACUUUACUAAAGGUAAUUAUGUACAGUCCUGAAUUAAUUCCUAGCAUGCAUCAGGCUGAACAGGGUGGGACUUAUAAACUGGUAGUUGCAUGCAUACAUAUUUAUGGAUUGCAUGGCCUGCAAUGUGUUUCUGCAGUGUUGUGAAAUCACGUAUCAGAAGCCUCUCAUUCAGGAAAACACACGGACAGUAAGAGUCCAACCGCUGCCCUCUUGGCACACUUUGCUCCCUCCCAUGGCUCAGUUCUCGAUGAUCUCUGGGUGCACGAUCGAGCUGAGAGAAUAAACACUUUUUCAGCCAGAUCUUUGGUUUGAUGCCACCACGACAGUCAGAGAGAAAAACACAUUUUAUACGUAUUUUAUUGAAAGAUUUUUACCAUAACUAAGAGGAUUGUACACUUACACUGUAUAUGCGUGUUUAUUUAGUUCUAUUUUCUAUUCUAACUGUAACUCCAACUGGAUUGGCACAAAGGCUUUUACAGACAUUCAUAGUCCUCAGAGGGUUUUACCCAAGUGACUUUGGUAAUUCCUUGAAUUUUCCUCAGGUGCCUCCAUGAAGCUGAUGUGUGUGAGCUUUGAGUGGAGGAUCUCUCCAGCUGUUUGUGCUGACGUUCUUGGUGCCCAGAGGCUGCACCGCAGUGAUAGUGUUGCUCAUAUGCAACCCUGGAAGGUUCCUCUAUGGGUGACAUGAGUCUGGCCUAUAGUCAGGAGCCCGAGGAGGUGCCGCGGGUCGUCCAUGUAUCUGAGGUCAGGGGAGCAGACGAAGGCCAUGCGGUAAUCUCCCGACGGAAACGGAACAUCCUUUUCCCGAGCGGAGUCAAACUCUGCGCUCAGGAGACCACGCAGCAAGUCGUUGAAAACCACCUGAGCUACUUCCAUCUCCGAGUGUGCCAGGAAACCGUAUGGGAGGCCUUCAAGAUCUUUUGGGACCGCCUCCCAGAGCAAGAAGAGUACCAGAGCUGGAUGAGCCAAUGCCAGGAGGGCUCAGUCACGGCACAAGAUGUUGGCGGCUACUUUAGCCGAUCAGAGGAGCACCGGGCUCUGGUUGAAAAGAGAAUGUCACUGCCAGGUUUGAAAAGUGAAGCCGCCAGGUCCUGGCACCGAAUGUGCAUCACUCCCACACAAAAGUCCCCAGAAGAUGCUGAGGCUCCUGAGCUGGAAGAGAACGAUGAAGGUGAUACCGUGCAGGAAGCAGCCGCCAUCGCUCCAGAGGUGGUGGAGAGUCCAACGGACAAUGACAUUCCCCUGCAGCCUCCCAACCCCACGGUGCUGGAGCAGGUGGUGGAGUUGAGCCUCCUGCUGACCGGGGAGACGUACAGCAACGACCUCGGCGAUCCGGCCAGCCUCCACCACCAAACUCUUAGCAGACAGUUGGCUGAAAAGAUAGAGGACGCUCUGGAGGGGCUUCCUGGAUUUAAGAGUAUGUCCGUACUGGACUUCAGGUCAGUGUUCCCGCUGUGGUUUAAUCCUGUGGAGAGAAGAAAUGUGCUCACAAUAAGGACUUGUAAUGUUAACUCUAUGUCACCUGUUCCCUGCAGGCCCCAGAAGGACACUGAAGGGCAGGACAACGUGGUGGUCGUCUACGCCGUCACAGUGGCGGUGGAUGGAGCAGGAGUGAGCAACGAUCAACUGGACUACCUCACCUUGCAGUCGAACCGGGUGGAGAACUCCUACCGCCGGGUCACGCAGCUCUCCCCGGAGGUCUACACCACCGGCGCGGUCCACAGCGUAAACACCGAAGGCCCGCAUGGCAACGCGGUGGAAAGUGUGUCUGAGGGCGCCGACUCUGUCAACGCAGCAGACGCAGCCGUGAUUGAUGCUGCUGAUGAGCCACCACAGGUCCCCAUCCUGGAAGAGGACACAGAUGUUGUCAUAGAAGACGACGUCCUGCCUGAGCCCUCUGAAACCACCGCAGACACAGAAAAUAACGUAAUUGUCCUGGAGGAGAGCGAGCUUGUGUCUCCUGCUCCUGGACUUGCCACUGGUGCACCUGAAGCCGGCGGCAUUGAGGAGGAGGGUCUGUUGCUGGAUGACACUCUGCAGACUCCUGCUGUGGAAAGCCGUCCAGAGGAGCUCCCGGCCGAGCUGCCAGAGGACGUCACGCUGCCUGAACCCCCAGUGGAGGUGGAGGCCUCUGGUUUGACCACAGAUGACCCGGAGGACCUGCUCCACCCAUCUACGCCGACGGAGGAAGGAGAGGUGUCCGUUAAGGAGACCGCCGCAGAAGAUGGGCCGAUAACAGAAGAUGUCCGGGUUGCGGCAGUGGGAGAAGAACCUACCGUUGCAGCUUUGGAAGAUGAGGUUGUUGUGAGUGAGGAAGAGAUUCCAGAGGAGCUCGAGAUCUCUACCACUGCAGCAGAGACCGUAGCAGAAGGCCUGCCUGUCCUGGUCCCACCUGCUGAGGCUGCAGAUGUAGAGAGUGAAGCAGAGCCGGAGGCAGCAGAAACAGGUCUGCUUCCUGGUGGUGAAGACCCGGUGGAGGGUACAGAAGAAUCCAGCCCCACGGAUGUUCCAUCGGCAGAGGAGGAAGUAAAUCCCAAACAGCCCGUGGAAGAAGCGGACAUUGAUAAGGUGGGGCCCUAUCCUGAGGAACACGUAGUUGCCGUUGAAGAUGGUAGCAUGGAGGAAGAGAGCGAGGGACACGGCGUGAGGAAAGAGACGCCACCUGAAGCUCCGCCUGCAGAGGACUUGGCCACAGCAGCUCCAGGGAUCUCCACAGAGGAUCUUGCAGAGGAUGAAGUUUUACUCGUCACCAGAGAUCAACUCCGGCCGGCUCCAGAGAGCGAGUCGCCUUUCACCCAAAUCUCUGAAGUUGACCUUUCCUCCGAAGGGCAACCUGACGUCAUAAUCCCUCUACUGGUGGAGAUCCAGACCACUGGCCGAGGCCUGGACGAUGCCGCCAUUGGAGAACGAGGCUAUGAUGUGAUCCACUAUGGUUAUGAUUUGAUUAACCACACAGAGGAGGGCAGCACCGGCUUCCCGUUCGGCGUUGCACACGGCACAGACCAAGCCAGCAUCGCCAUGCCUGCGAACCCUGGACGAGCACUGAUGGUGUUCUUCAGCCUGCGGGUGACCAACAUGAUCUUUUCAGAUGAUCUAUUUAACAAGAGCUCCCCAGAAUACAAAGCUCUGGAGCAGCGCUUCAUCGAGCUGCUUGUACCAUACCUACAGUCCAACCUGAGCAACUUUGAGAACCUGGAGAUCCUGAACUUCAGGAACGGGAGCAUUGUCGUCAACAGCCGGAUGAAAUUUGGCAAACCUGUGCCACAAAGUGUCACCACCACGGUCUAUCUGAUCCUGGAGGACUUCUGUAAUACAGCCUACCAGACCAUGAACCUGGCCAUCGAUAAGUACUCACUGGACGUCGAGUCAGGUGACGAGGCCGACCCCUGUAAGUUCCAGGCGUGUAAUGAGUACGCAGAGUGCAAGGUGAACAAGUGGUCGGGCGAGGGAGAGUGCGUCUGCAAUGCUGGAUACUUCAGCGUGGAAGGCCUGCCCUGUCAGAGUAUCUGUGAGCUGCGGACUGACUUUUGCCUCAAUGACGGCAAGUGUGACAUCAUCCCCGGCCAGGGCGCCAUCUGCAGGUGUCGUGUCGGAGAAAACUGGUGGUACAGAGGAGAGCACUGCGAGGAGUAUGUGUCUGAGCCGCUGGUGGUCGGCAUAGCGAUCUCCUCCGUAGCUGGAUUCCUCUUUGUGGCCUCUGUGGUCAUCUUCUUCCUCGCCAGGACGUUACGGGAUCAGUAUGACAAGGAUGAGUCAGAGGACCCCAUUCGGCGAGGAGAGAGUCUCCCGUCCCUAGAAAGGGCGACCAAGUACAACCCCAUGUAUGAGAGUGAGGCCACCACCGGCUACAGCCAUUACUACCGCCGAUACCCCGAGGCGCUCGUCUACAGCAGCGCCAGCGCAGAGGCCUCCACUGACUUCAGCAGCGAGGAGAUACGACACAUCUACGAGAACAGUGAACUGACCAAGGAGGAAAUCCAAGACAGGAUACGCAUCAUUGAGCUCUACGCGAAGGACCGGCAGUUUGCAGACUUUGUACGCCAUCACCAAGCUGUCGUGGAUACCCGCCGAGAGAGCUCCUCCGCGCACACAUGAAACAAACAAGCACGGCGCUCAGGAUCUGGGCCGUUUGAGACGGACUGAACUUCAGCAAGCUGCUCUUUGUUUGAUCUCCUCCAACGAGUCCUCCCUGAGUCCCCGUGUGACCCGAGAUGUUGCUCUUCCUCCUUCCUCUGUGCCUUCUCCGGACUGGGAGAGCUGGUUGUGACAUCAAGUGUUGCUGGACGUCUCCUUUUGUGGAAACUGGACUCAAUCCUGUUACUUGAACUGCUCAUCACAAUCAGUCAAACGCUUUUGUUUAGUGGAAUAAUUUAUUUUGUUUCAUUGUGUUAUAACUGUCCACACUUAAAGGGAAGAACUUAAAAAUAUGAAUGUGUAUAUAGUGAUACUGUGAAGAUGUUUGCUACUUAAGAUAUUAAUCUCUACUUUUCUUUGUCUCUACAAAGGUCAAAUAUACUCUUUAGAUAUUCCUCAGAAAGGCACUGAGAAAAUUGUUUGUUUUUAAUCAAUGGUGCUAACCUAAUUUAAAAUGUAGGAGUCUGUAAUAAAACAUUUUUACAAUUUAAAGCAA